AUGGGACGGGAUUACUAUUCAAUUUUGGGAGUCAAACGAGGUUGUUCCGAUUCUGACCUUAAAAAGGCAUACAGAAAACUUGCCAUGCAAUACCACCCGGAUAAGCAUCCAAACCCAUCUGACAAAAAAAGGGCUGAGGAAAAGUUUAAAGAUGUGUCGGAGGCUUACGAUGUAUUAUCUGAUGCUGACAAGAGGAAGGUAUAUGAUCAAUUUGGGGAAGAGGGGUUGAAAGGAGGAGGUGGAGCUGGAAGGGGAGGGCCAACGACUUUUGUAUACACUGCUACCGAUCCAGGGGAUGUUUUUAAGCGAUUUUUUGGCGAUAGAAAUUUCGUAUUUCCAGAUGGUUUUGACGAUCAUACACAUUCUGGUUUUGAUCAAUCUAAUAAACCUAAAAUGUACGAACUGGAUCUUCCAGUUACGUUAGAAGAAUUGUUUAAAGGUACAUCCAAAAAGAUGAAAAUAACCCGGAGGAGAUUCUCAGGUCUAAGGGAGUACAAGGAAGAGCAUAUACUCAAAGUAGAUGUGAAGCCUGGUUGGAAAGAUGGUACGAGACUUACGUUUGCUAGGGAGGGAGAUCAAGACGGUCCAAAUUCAGUCCCGGGCGAUAUUGUAUUCAAAAUAAAGACAAAAACCCAUCCAAGAUUUACCAGGGAAGGUAACAAUUUGGUAUAUAAAUUUACCGUGCCUUUGAUCAAGGCCUUAACUGGCUUCCAAGCCACACUUACAACACUGGACAAUCGCAGAUUAACUGUUAGAGUUGUGGAAGUUGUUUCCCAUAAGUCGCGCAAAUUAGUUUCAAAUGAAGGAAUGCCCUUGAGCAAGGACCCUUCUGUCAAGGGGGAUUUGUACCUGGAAUUUGACAUAAUUUUCCCCGAUAGUCUGACCUCGGAGCAGAAGAAAAAACUGCUAGCUAUAUUUCCAUAG